AUGGCAGGAGUAGUUUUGGGAGAGUUGUCAUCAUCAUCAUCAUCAUCAUCAUCAUCAUCAUCUUCAACACCGCUAACUGCAACGUCAUCAGCAGAUCCGAUGCGUUUGGAUGAGUCCGGGGAGUCGGAGUGGGGCUGGGAGCCGGGAACCUCAGUCAGAGCCGUUCCGUGUAAGAUCAUUGACACGCGGACAGGAAUAGAGAGAGAAACAAAGAUCCGGCUGACCAGGGAGAGGGUAGCAGAUGGGAUUCCGGAGUUACGAAUACUAGUCGAGGAGGAAUCAGACAGUACCUUACUAUUCCAAUACAUUUGCAGAGAGGAAGACUUUAGGAAAUUGUUGAGGAAAUUUAAUAUGAACUUUAAGGAUGCAGAGGAAAUGUGCAAAUCCCUACAUGAAUCCUUUGAACAAGUAAAACAGCCAGGGCAAGGGCUUCGCAUGAAGCUGGAAACAUUGAAGACGGUGGCCCACCUCAAGUUUCGAAACUUUGAACUGAGGUUGAGACCGGCAUGUAAAACACGUGUGACCAAACACAACAAGAUGCGGCAGGAGGAGAAGGAGGAGGAACAGAGACAGUUGGAGCAAACAUGCCGGAAUCAGAGAGAGGAAAUUGCAACUAUGGGACAAGAAAUGGAUCGGAUGAGAGCUGAGAUAGCAGAAUUGAGGGAGCAAGUCAGGUCUCUGAAAGAAGGGGCCAAUACUAUUACGGCCCCUUCAACUGAAAUAGCAGAACAGAGCAGGAUCCCAAUACCAGUGGUACCUGCUCCUGCCCCUGCAACUGCCCACAGGAGCCUUUUUUCAUCUGUGGGCAGUUCGAGACCUGGCUUAGCUGCGGGAAGAGUUACUACAGCAACAACGACUGUGCGCAAGACCGCAACAACUGCGCGCAGUACCUUAACUUCUUCCCGCAGCACGGCAGCACCUGCGGGCAGCUCAACACGGACAACAUCUGCCCGCAGCUCUGCUGCCACUGCCCCCAGCAUGUCAUCAGCUGGUGGGCAGACUGCCCCCAGCACGUCGUCAGCUGGUGGGCAGACGGUCGAGGGUGGGGCAGCCCAAGGUCGGGGACAAGUCUCAACAAAACGAAAACGUCAUGAUGACGAUGGGGGGCAGGCAAAGAAGAAAGCAGCUUGGAGAUGAAAAUAGAAAAUGCCUGCCCCUCCCCCACCCCUCGACCGAACUCCCUCUUCUGCAUCUCAGCCAAACCACUACAUCGCUCUCUGAUCCAAAUUGCUCAACAUCGCUCCACACCUCUCCUCCACCACAACAUCCCUGCUUAGCAUCGUUCAACACUCGGCUGCAGUUUCCCUAAAAUGCUGCUGUGCUCUACAAUGGCUAGAGCUGUGUUUGUGUCAUGCCGGU